UCAGCCACCAUGGAGCCUGGGAGAGGCGCACCACUUGAGAGUGGACCGUCACUGCUCUUUAAACGCCAUACAAAUAAUGCAUUUCAGGAGAUACCGGUCAUAGAUUUGCAUAACAUACGCUCCGAUGAUUUAUCUGUAAGACGCGCACUAGCCGACGAAGUUCGCAAUGCCUCUAUGAAUGUCGGAUUUUUCUACAUCAAAAACCACGGUAUCCCGCAAGAAACCAUCUCUGCCGCUUUAGAGGCAGCAAAGGGUUUCUUCGCAUUAUCGCAGGCAUCGAAAGAAACCAUAAGUAUUGACAAGAGCACGAACUUUAAGGGCUACACUCCGCUGCUCGGAGAGAAUAGCGACCCAGAGAACCGCGGUGACCUUCACGAAGGCUUCGAUCUCGGCUGGGAGGAUCCGUCUGGCAAUGUUCGUGCAGACGACGGUCCCAUGUCCGGCGUGAACCUCUGGCCGGACGAGAGGGAGCUGCCCGGAUUCAAGGAAGCCGUCAUGCGCUACUACUAUGCGGUUGUAGCCCUCGGCAAACUCUUGUUCCCCGUCUUUGCCCUCGCGCUCAACUUACCCGAGGACUUCUUCGCAGACAAGAUCACGAAGCCCGCGGCGAUCAUGCGACUGCUGUACUACCCAUCGCAGGACGGCACCGUCGACGACCGGGUGCAAGGCAUUGGCGCUCACACGGACUACGAAUGCUUCACGAUCUUGUGGCAGGAUCACGUGCCAGCGUUGCAGGUUCUCAAUAAGGACAAAAAAUGGGUAGACGCGACUCCGAUCCCCGGGACUUUCGUGGUCAACCUGGGAGAUCAGCUUGCCCGAUGGACGAAUGAUGUUUUCACGUCCACCGUCCACCGUGCGAUCAACCGCUCCGGGAUCGAGCGGUAUUCAAUUCCACUGUUCUUCGGGACAGACUACAACGUGUUAUUGGAGGCUCUUCCAAGCUGUGUGUCGACCGAUCAUCCCCCGAAAUACGAACCUAUCAUUGCGGGCGACUUUGUUCGGUCCCGCAUAGCGGCGACAUACAAGCACUCGAAGUAAGCUCGAUGUUAUGGCCUGUAAUACUUGUAUGCUCCCUUUCAUGGGUUACGGUACACUUAACGAAUUACUAGAGCUAAAUGCAUUUGCCCCUUGGGAUUGCCGCUAUGAACAAGCU